AUGGUAGCCUCUCUCUACAACAGUUUCUUUGCACCAAGCACUUCUUUCAGUUUUGAAGACCUACUAUCUCACCCACCAUCUCCUCCUCAUCCUGAACCUCAACCACCUACCUCACCUACACCCACUUCUCCUAUUUCUACUUCACCAUCUGCACCUUCUACUUCUCCCACUCCUCCUCCUGCUACCCUAGCUCUUAUCAUAGUUUCUCAGCCUAUUCCUUCUCUGACUCUUCCACCCAUCUCUCAGACUAUCUCUCCAUUCACUCAACUUCCCCCUCUUCCCAUCUCAAUCACCUUGCCUACUGCUUCUACUCCUUCCCCACCUUCUAAUGCUGACAAAAAGGGGGAGAAGAAAUCUCCUAUUCCUUCUCUGACUCUUCCACCCAUCUCUCAGACUAUCUCUCCAUUCACUCAACUUCCCCUUCUUGCCAUCUCAAUCACCUUGCCUACUGCUUCUACUCCUUCCCCACCUUCUAAUGCUGACAAAAAGGGGGAGAAGAAAUCUGUUUAG